AUGAAUAGAGCUAAAAUCGAAGAGACUAAUAGAAGAUAUUAAGUAUUUCUUUAUUAUAAACAUUAGGAAUAUAAAGCUGAAUUAAGAAUACCAAUUCUCCCCUCUAGUCAAUAAGAUAAUUAUUAUGCUUAAAGUUUACAUAAACUUUAUCCUGAAAUUACUCCAUCCCAUGUCAUAAAACCCCAUCAAGCAUAAGCUUUUAAUCCAGAGAAGACAAGACUCUAUAUAGAGAGUCUGUAAAAGCAAAAUCAAGAAAUAAAUUGUGAAUUAAGACAAUAAGCUCAUGAUAUUAUUUGUUUGACUUAAAUGGUUAAUACAUUAAUUGAUGAAAAUAGAAGUCUUUCAUUAUUACUUGAAUAAAAAGAUUAAGAAAUGCAUUCAAUUGUAGAAACUAUGACAAUUAAUGAAGCUGAGGAAAUUUCUGACCUUAGACACUAAUUAAGAUUAUUGGAGGAUGAAAAUUCUGUACUUUUAAAACAUGUCAAAGAAUAAAGAUAAUAAUUAGAUGAAAAAAUAGAAGAUGCUUAGGAGUUAGAAAAACAAUUUUAAAAUUCAAAAAAAUAUUGUCUUUAACUUGAAUAAUAAAUUGAAAAAUAUAAAUUAUCUGAAAUAUCAUUAUCUGAAUAAAUGUAAAUACUUAAGGAAAAUUGCAAAACUGAAAUAGAAAUGAAAAGUUCUUAUUAAUUUGAAAAUCAAAAAAAAGAUAGUGUAAUUACAUCAUUAACAUUUACUGUUGAAAAAUUGAAUAAAUAAUUAUUAUAAUUGUCAUCUGAUUAUGAGAAAUUGGAAUCAGAUAAAAAUGAAUUACAUUCAAUUAGCAAUCUAAAAAUUUAUGAAUUGAAUUAAAAAUUAGAUGAUUUAAGUAAUGAAUUAUCAAAAUAUCAAAUUACCAAUGAUACAUUAAUUUAAGAAAUAAUUUAAUAACAUAAAGAAAUUACAGAUAAGUAAUAACUUUGUGAAAGAUUAGCUGAUUAAAAUGAUGAUAUUAUGAAUAAAUUAUCAAUGGAAAUAGUGAAAUAGAAAAAAUUAUAUGAUAAUGAAAAUAGAUUAUAAGAACAUAUUGGAUAAUUAAGUAUAUAAAAUAUUGAAUAUUUUAAUACAAUAAAAUAUUAAUCAGAAUAAAUUAAUACACUAAUUAAUCAAAGUGAAGAGGAUUUAAAUACUUAGAAGUAAAGAUUUGAUUAAGUUAUUUUAAAAUUAAAAUAAGAUUAUGUGAAUGAACUAAAAGAAAAAUAAUUGGAAAUCAAAGAACUUGAAGAAAAGAAUACUUCAAUUCUAAAAGAAUGGAAUAAUGUUAAGAAUGAAUAUGAAAUACUUAAAAUAGAUUAUGAAUAAAACUAAAAAGAAAUUAGUGAUUAUUAAUAAUAAAAAAGAAUUAUUGAAUAGCUUUAAUUACAAAAUAGACAAUUAAAAUUGUAAUUGGAAGAAAAUAAAGCAUUAUUAAGUGAAUUUGUAUCACAUAAAGAUGGAGUUUAGGCAGACAUUGAAGAAAGAGAUAAACAUAUACAAAAAAUAAUAAAUCAAAAAGAUGAUAGAAUUGCUGAAUUAGAAAGAGAUUUUUAAAUUUAUUAUGAUAAAUGUGCUAUUCUUUAAUAACAUUAAAAAAAUAAUGAACAUUUAGAAUAAUUAAAUUUUACUUAUAGAGAAUAAAAAGAAUUAUUUGAAUAAGAUAAUGAAAGAUUAAAAUAAGAAAUUUAAAAAUUGUAAGGUUAAAUUAAUAAUUAUGCAACUGUCUAAAAAUAAUAGAAAAUUAAAGCAGAAAAACAAAUUAGUGAAGAAAAUCAAUUACUCAGAAAAUAGUAUAAUGAAAUUGCAAAUGAACUAUAAAAAUUAAAAGAUUAAUAAGCAAAUAUGAACACAUUACCUAUACAACCUAAAUAACCUAGUGAAGCUGGAAGCAGAGUAAGAUAAGGAGGACAAUCAUAAGAUUUCUAAUAAACAAAACAAAAUUAAGUUUAUCUCCAACCAUAAUAAUUAAUCUAGGUAAGAAUAAAUAUCUAUCAUUAAGCCACCUUCUCCUCAUCAUUCAUAACAUUCACCUGUUCUAUCAAGAAGAAACAUUUAAGAAUCUGAUGAUGGUUCUGUUAAAGGAGGAGGAAAUACUUAAGAGAAGAAAAUGUAGUUUUCUUUUACUGACGAUCUAAUGAAAUAAUAACAAUAAGUUAAAAGAUAAAGAGAUCGAGAAAAUUCUUAUCAUUCUAACAUGUCAAAUGCUCCAUAUAGAAAAAAAUCACAAUAAUAAUGA